CAAAACCUCAAAUGACUUGGAACUCCUCGCAGUGGAACCAAAACAGUCCAUUCUAAUCAGCUUCCUUCCCAGCUUUCCAUCGGAAAUCAUCACACAAGUCCCAAUUUGAGAGGAACAUAUAAGAAGAUUGAGCGCAAAGGAUUCCGGGCAAAUUCAAACUUUCCCGGCGACGAUCGGAAACUCGUCAGAUCUCUCAAAAACCGAAUUCAUAAACGGAGAAACCAUCAAAGAAUCACUCCCUCUUAGGCAAUGGCAACAUCAGCUCAAGUAGUGAAUAAAUUUUUUAUUGCCUCGGUGUUGAUGUGGGUAUUUCCAAUUGCUAUCAUAUAUGGCUUUCAGAAAAAUUUGUUUCCUGGUUUAGCGAACCUCUCUUCCUAUUAUCAGACACUGUUGGUUGGAUUUCUAGCUGUUAUAUCAGUUAACGUGGUAAUUGCGUUUUACAUAUACAUGGCGAUGAAAGAGCCUUCAGACAAGCAUGAGCCAGAUCCAACAUUUGUUGCCAAGGCUAAAGCUAGUUUAAACCAAACCAAAUCUGAGAGUGGUGCAAAAGAGGAAUAGAAUUCGAAGGAACAGUCACUAAUGCAUAUUCCCCAGUUGCCAACUGGUAAAGUUGGGAGAACUGAAAAAUAGGGGCUGAAAUAAAUUUACAGGCUGUCAGGUGAUCACACUAUCAUUGAGGUAAACAUGCGAUCACAAUUUUAACAUACUAUCACUCAUGGAAAGUGAUUGUUUUGUAAGAUAUGAUGAUAGAUUCAUGUAUUUUCGGGUUUUAAGAAAUACGAAUUGUUCCCCAUUAUCCUGUAUGAAUAUGUAUCGCGGGCAGCUUACCCUAGCUCCCUGUGUGUAUGAAAACAACAUAUUAAUGGUGAAGUUAUAUCACCUGGGUUUUUUUUUCA